UGCAGUGAUUGGCUGUGUUUGUGGUGACGUGAGGUCUGAUCCCAAACCAAACCAUCGCUACAUUUGUCGGCAUUUUUACACUGAAUUCAGUCUUUAAUUGAAUCACUAUUUGGUUCACUGUUUCUCCACAUCGACACACAAGCCAUUGAUUAUCUGACAAGACAUGGGUGUCCAUCACGUCUCAGACAAGGCGGACUUCUCGAGUCAACUGGCUUCAGCCGGGUCCAAGUUGGUGGUGGUGGACUUCUUUGCCACGUGGUGUGGUCCGUGCAAAAUGAUAUCUCCAGCCCUCGACAAAAUGAGCGAAGAGUUGGUCGCAGACGUGGUGUUCCUGAAGGUGGAUGUGGACGAGAAUGAAGACAUCGCCACCGACCAUAAGGUGACAGUUAUGCCCACAUUCUUGCUCUUCAGAAAUGGGCAAAAGGUGGACGAGUUUUCCGGCGCUAAUGAGUCCAAACUCCGCGAACUCAUCACCAAAAACAAUUGUGGCGAUAGUAACGGAUGCAUUGAACUGACGAAGAAUGAGAAGACGGGAAUCGCCACCAUUUGUAUCAGUAAUUACAAGAAGAGGAAUGCAUUGAACGAUAAACUGGUGGAACAGUUAUCUCAAGCGAUCACUCAAUUGGAAGAAUGGCCUACAGUUAAGACAAGUGCUUAUUGUGUGACAUAA